AUGUCCGCGAAAUUUCAUUCGGUGGGCGUGGGGGUGGGCAUGCGGGGCAAGAUAUUUUCUGCCAAGAGGAAGGGGCGCUGCGACGACCGUCCUGGUGUCUCAGUGAAGUCCCAUGGCCGCACCGGGCCAGGGCUUGCCAUGGCUCGGCGUCAGGUGUGGAGGAUGCCUCUAUCGUAUUCUGCCAUGCCCACCAUAAAAAAAUAUGGCAGUUCCUUUUAGGAAUAGGUAUAGAAAUAGGUACACACAGAGGAAUUAAAAUAGCAAUAAAAAUAGCAAUAAAA